AUGCCGGUCGCCGACCCCCGCCUGGACCCGGGCCGCUGGGCGGCCGCCAGUUUCCGAGCGCGGGACGCGGCGACGUCUCCGGCGGCCGCCCGGCCCCGCCGGGGCUUCUGGCGGCGCCUGGGCCUGCUGGUGCCCCGGGGCCUGGUCGUGGGCUCGCCGGGCGACCGCCUCGCCCAUCACACGGCCGACUUCGCCUGUCGCCGCUUCGUGGGCCGCCGGGGCCAGGCCUUCGGCCUCCGCAUCCUCCUGCCCCGGCCCUUCGACCCCGACGGCGACCGCCUCUGCGUGGAGCUCACCCUCGGCCCCACCCCCCAGGUGGCCAAGGGGACCCACGUCCUGGUGCCCCUGGGCGAGACCUCGGCCACCGGCUGGACCGCCGAGGAGGAGGAGGAAGGGGGCGGGGCCGAGGGGGCAGAGCCUCCGGCCGGCCCCGCCCUCCGGCUCCGCCUCGCCGCCCCGCCCGACGCCCCCAUUGGCCGCUACCGCCUCAGCGUCAAGACCCGCACAGGGGCCGGCGAGUACGCGGCGCCCUUCGACGACGCCAACGACCUCGUCCUCCUCUUCAACCCUUGGUGCCCCGAUGACCUCGUCUACAUGGAGGCCACGAGCGACCUUAACGAGUACGUCCUUAACGAGGCCGGGCGCAUCUUCUACGGCACCGAGGCGCAGAUCGCCGAGCGCGCCUGGAACUACGGGCAGUUUGACGCCGGCGUUCUGGAGGCCUGCCUCUACAUCCUGGACCGCCGCGGCAUGCCCCACAGCGCCCGCGGCGACCCCGUCAUGGUGGCCCGCGUCGUCUCCGCCAUGGUCAACUCGCUGGACGACAACGGGGUGCUGGUGGGCAACUGGACGGGCGACUACAGCCAGGGCACCAACCCCUCGGCGUGGGCCGGCUCCGUGGACAUCCUCCGCGCCUACCACGGCUCCGGCGCGCCCGUGCGCUACGGCCAGUGCUGGGUCUUCGCCGGCGUCAUGACCACGGUGCUCCGCUGCCUGGGGCUGCCCACCCGCACCGUCACCAACUACAACUCGGCCCACGACACCGACGUGUCGCUCACCACCGACAUCUACCUCGACGAGGGCAUGCGGCCCCUGGAGCGCCUCAACACCGACUCCGUCUGGAACUUCCACGUGUGGAACGACUGCUGGAUGAAGCGGCCCGACCUCCCCAGCGGCUAUGACGGGUGGCAGGUCCUGGACGCCACCCCCCAGGAGACCAGUAGCGGGCUGUUCUGCUGCGGGCCCUGCUCGGUGACGGCGGUGAAGAACGGCGACGUCUUCCUCAAGUACGACACGCCCUUCGUCUUCGCCGAGGUGAACAGCGACAAGGUGUACUGGCAGCGGCAGCCCGGGGGGGGCUUCGCCGUGGUGCACGUGGAGGAAGGGGCCAUCGGGCGCCGCAUCAGCACCCUGGGGGCGGGCUCCGCCGCCCGAUUGGACGUCACCCACCAGUACAAGCACCCCGAGGGCUCGGAGGAGGAGCGCAAGGCCGUGGCCACGGCGACGUCCCACGGGUCGCGACCCCGGGCCCGGGGGGCCCCGGCGUCCGGGGAAGUGACGGUGACGCCGGGGGCGGGGCCGGCGGUGGCGGGGGCGGAGCUGGAGCUGCGGGCGACGGCCCGGAACGGGGGGGCGGAGCCCCGGACGCUCCGCCUCCACCUGGCCCUGGCGCCCGUCCGCUACACGGGGGUGGCCGGAGCCGCCUUCCGCCAGGAGCAGCACCGGCGGGUCCUGCCCCCCGGGCAGGAGGAGACGGUGACGAUGACAGUGGGCUACGCCGAGUACGGGCCCCACGUGGGCGACCAGGACACGCUGAAGCUGACGGUGGCCGGGACGGUGGAGGAGACGGGGCAGGUGGUGGCCAAGGAGCUGCGGGUGCGACUGCACGCGCCCGACCUGACGCUGACGCUGCUGGGCCCGGCCGUGGUGGGGCAGGAGACGCAGGUCCAGGCCGUGUUCCAGAACCCGCUGCCGGAGACGCUGAAGGGAGCCGUGUUCCGCAUGGAGGGAGCCGGCGUCUCCUGCCCCAAGCCCGUCUCCGUGGGGCCGGUGGCGCCGGGCCGGGCCGUGCGGCUCCUGCAGCCCGUGGUGCCGCUGCGCCCGGGGCGCCGGCGCCUCGUCGGGACCCUCGAGAGCGGCCGCCUGGGCCCCGUCCACGGCGCCCUCGUCCUCGACGUCGCCCCCGAAAACCGCUACGAAUAA